AUGAGAAGUUUUGGUUGUUAUCCUGAUGUUGUUAGUUAUAAUACUCUUAUACAUGGUUUAUGUAGAAUAAAUGAGGUAGAUAGAGCAAGAGAUUUAGUGAGAGAGAUUAGUUUAAGAACUGAGUUUUCUCCUAAUGUUUUGAGUUAUACGAUUGUGAUAUCGGGUUAUUGCAAAUUGAGUAAGAUGAAGGAGGCUUCUUCUAUUUUCAAUGAAAUGGUUACGUCUGGAGCUAAGCCUAGUGCGGCUACUUUUAAUGCACUUAUCUAUGGAUUUGUUAAGGCAGGUGACAUGGCAUCUGCACUAGGAAUGCAUAAGAGGAUGCUUUUUCAUGGUUGUUCUCCUGAUGUUGUUACUUUCACUUUGUUAAUUGAUGGAUAUUGCCGAGUUGGGCAGUUGGACUAUGGUUUGGACCUUUGGAAUGAAAUGAAAGCGAGAAAUGUUUCUGCAAAUUUGUAUACUUUCUCUAUUCUUAUUAGUGCUGUGUGCAGGAGCAAUAGACUACAAGAAGCUCGUGAGCUUUUGAGACUGUUGAAUCAGAGUGACAUUGUUGCACAACCAUUUAUCUACAAUCCUGUCAUAGAUGGAUAUUGCAAAUCCGGAAGAGCCCCCGAAGCAAUUGGUAUCUUUUACAAGAUGUUGGGGACCGGUUGUUCGCCAGAUGAAGUUACUAUUAGAACUUUAAGUUCAUGUCUUUUGAAGUCUGGAAUGCCUAGUGAAGCUGCCCGCAUUAAGGAAGCUGUAUUUAAGAGUCAAAACACAAAUUCAUAUAUGCAGCAGCCUCUUUAUUAAAGUGCUACUGAAAAUCAGUGGUUAGGCAUUGCCUUCCACUGUUUUCUCUUGAGAAAAUACACUCAUCAAGCAGCAUGUCAAUAUUUUCUCUAGAUUAUCAACAAGGGAGUCAGAAUUGGCAAUUUCCCCAUGAUUAUGCUGAUGUUGUUGGAGAUUGUUAAUUUAUUUCUCUCUAUUCAUCAUUUUUUACUAUGCAGUUUUAUUUGACAGUCUUGUUCAAUUGUAGUCAUAUUACCUAAAGAGUACAACGAGUUCUUCCUGAAAGAAAUAAAAGUGACUGAAAUAUGGAAUGCUUUCUCAUUGAAAUUUAUCAGUUAGUUUAUUGGUUACUUUACCAAACAGAGCCUUAACUUUUAUUCUUACUUCUAAUUGCAGAUCUUAAGCUUGGAGUUUGAGGUAGUAGUCCGC